ACGACUUUCACGAUCUACUUGAACUCGACGACCACCACAGUUUCAGGACCUUAGAUCAGUCGAACUUGUGAGGAACAAUGGCAGAGUCAAUGGAUGUCGACAUGGGAGGCGUCGCCCCUGCCGCACAACCAGAACCCAUCAAGCAAGAGGGUGGAAAUACUUUCAUUGAUGCUCUGGCGGCACCUACGCCACCAGCCUCUCACCGCGACAACUCUUUCCGCGAGGUCAUGGUCAAAGUCCACAUCCGUCGGCCAGAGAAGGACUCGUGGAUGUACCUCGGGAGGGGCAUUGCGACACAGGAAGUGAACGGACAUUCAUCUCGUGUCGUCGUGCGCGCACAGUCCUCAGGGAAAAUCAUCACCCAAUUCGACGAGACCUCCGAUCUUCAAGCAGAAAAACGGGGGAACUUUGUUGUCAUUGGACUGGUGGAUGGCUCACGGGUAGUAUCCUGGUCGUUGAACGCACCCAAUAACUCGGAAACCCUCCGCCUGCUUGCUUCAAUUGAGCUCGCGUGCUACAGAUGCAAGCAGGCACUUGUGGAUCCCCGUCUGCACGUCAAAGCUCGCCGUCGGAUUGAGCGUAUUAUCAAAGACGACAGGCGACGGAGGCAUCGUCGCCGCAAAGACCAAGACGCUCUGAUUGACGCAUUUGCGCGACAAACGUUGAGUGCUGACAAUGUGCCUGAUCCAGCACCCCCCAAUGAGGCCGGUAUGCCACCGUCAUGAAUAUAUGAUACAUUUACCGUCCUCCAUCUCCUCCGUCGCUUUCUGUUCUAUCUAGAUCCUUACUCGGCUCUGAGCGUGAAACCAUGUAAUUCUUAUAUAUCCAAAUCGUUUUCACUGCCUUUCCUUUGUAUGUGCUGCUAUUAUGGGAAUACAAUGCAUCCAUUUACUGUAGGCUGCAACACAUACCACAGAAGAGACGGUAUCGUAUGUGUGGUCUUUCUGGAUGCGUCGAAACGCAGAUGAUACACGGGGUAAUACACGCGAUCCCAAAUAGGGAGGGUAUAAGAAAAAUCAAGCACGAGUCAACGAGUGGUCUAUGAAAAGAGUGUUAAAUAAUGCACUGCACAUUCUGAAGAAGAGUUCAUUCAAAUCUGAUGGGAAGACGAAGAAAAGCAAUUAUCGUUUACGAUCACCAGUGGGUUGAGAGCCAGGCAACCCAGGUAUUGGAGCCCGACUCUCCGAGUAUUGAGGUGGAAGCUCGUCGGGGAGGUCCAUAGUCUCUUCAAUGUCCUGGUGGACUAUCAGGCGUUGCGACGGCGCGGACGGUGGGGAGACGCUCUUUUCCCCAGAGCCCGAAGCUUGCGGUCGUUGGGUGCCCUGGCUCGAAGCACUGUACACGCUGGAAGGUGCUGGGUCUGCGUUGGUGGCGUACAGGGUACCCGUGGUGCGGGAGGGGGCAUAAGA